AUGUAUACAGGGACAAAAUUGAGAGGAGCAGAUUGUAAUAUGGAUGAAUUAUCAUCAAGAGUUUUAGGGGAAUUCGGAAAAUGGCAAUUUUGGAUAGGUAUUUAUAUGGCAUUGCUAAAGCUACCUCUGGCUUGGUAUCAAUUAAAUAUUAUUUUUAUGGCACCACCUCAAGAAUUUUGGUGCGCAAAACCCGACUUUUUAACGAAAUAUACUGAAGUAGAAUGGAGACAAGCAUGCGUACCUGGGACUGUACCAGCAUUAUAUUUGUUUUCUGGAGAACUUUUCCCAACCUUGGGUCGUAAUGCUGGUAUCGCUGGAGUGACUACAUUUGCUCGCAUUGCGUCUAUGAUAGCGCCUAUACUUGUGAGCUUAGAUGAAAUACAACCGGAUCUACCCCUUGUCCUUCUAGCUGUAAUAUCCUUUUCUCAACUGGGCUUACUUCUGCCCUUACCUGAAACGAAGGACAAACCCUUACCAGACACAUUAGAACAAGCC